UCUGCGUUUCCUUCACGGAUCACUCGCAACAAUCAUUGGAACAGAUGCUUCGGGCAGUGGGAUAAUUGAAUAUACGUGAUAGGUUCCAGUAACCUUUGCGUUAUGGGGAAGAAAUGAAGUUGGAUACGUCCAACUAACGUACGGUACAAGUUAGCGGCUCGGUAGCGAACUGUAACUUGUCGAGCUCGUUAGCCUAACUUAACUGCUGUUGCUAACACAACUAGCUGAACUUGGAAGACCAAGAAAGCUUCCCAGCUGGCUUUUUAAAAACAAGAAACAUAGGUAACAGGACUGCUCUUGUCAUGUAGUCGUUUCAUCUUACUGGCCGCCUGUCUAACGCCCUUCUGAGGAGGGGUCGGCGAUCAUUUUCUAAUCACAGCGAUGGAUGAGGACACCCCAACACUAAAGCCCAGACGCAUCCAGAAUCAAAACGUGGUUUAUCGCCUUGAAAGGCGCAGAAUCUGUUCGGGGCGGCCCGGAGCUCACUGGUACAGAGUACGCUGCUUCCACCAGAACCUUUUCCCCAACUUCACUGUUGUCAACGUGGAGAAGCCCCCCUGCUUCCUAAGGAAGUUCUCACCGGAUGGACGCUGUUUCAUCGCCUUCUCUUCCGACCAGACUUCCCUGGAGAUAUAUGAGUAUCAAGGCUGCCAGGCUGCUCAGGACCUGCUGAGAGGCCAAGAGGGAGAGACUCUUCUAACGGCCAAUGACCAGCGUUCCCUUAACAUCCGAGGCCGCCUGUUUGAUCGCUUCUUCUCCCUGCUCCACGUCACUAAUGUGGCCUCAAACGGAGAACACCUCAACCGGGAGUGCAGCCUCUUCACAGACGACUGCCGCUAUGUCAUUGUUGGGUCGGCAGUGUACGUCCCAGAGGAGCCACCGCCUUACUUUUUUGAGGUGUAUCGGAACAACGAAUCUGUGACUCCCAACCCUCGGUCUCCUCUAGAAGACUACUCCCUCCACAUUAUCGACCUCCACACUGGCAGGCUGUGCGACACCAGGUCAUUUAAGUGUGACAAGAUCAUCCUUUCCCACAACCAGGGCCUGUACCUCUACCGGAACAUCCUGGCUGUGCUGUCGGUCCAGCAGCAGACCAUACACGUGUUUCAGGUCACUCCAGAGGGAACAUUUCUAGAUGUAAGGACUAUUGGGCGGUUCUGUUAUGAGGACGACCUCCUGACUCUUUCAGCAGUCUACACCGAGGCUCAGGCUGAGAGUCAGCCGGGCUUCCCUCGCCUUUACACCGACAAAACCAUCAACUCCCUCAAGCACAGGCUGCUGGUCUACCUCUGGAGGAGGGCUGAGCAGGACGGCAGCGCCACUGCCAAGAGGAGAUUCUUCCAGUUUUUUGAUCAGCUGAGGAGGUUGAGGAUGUGGAAGAUGCAGCUGUUGGAUGAGCAUCACCUCUUCAUUAAAUACACCAGCGAAGAUGUGGUCACACUCAGAGUCACAGAUCCCUCACAGCCCUCCUUCUUCGUCGUGUACAACAUGGUGUCCACAGAGGUGCUGGCCGUCUUUGAGAACACCUCCGAUCAGCUGCUGGAGCUGUUUGAGAAUUUCUGCGAUCUGUUCAGAAACGCUACGCUGCACAGCCAGGCGGUCCAGUUCCCCUGCUCGGCCUCAUCCAACAACUACGCCCGGCAGGUCCAGAGAAGAUUCAAGGACACCAUAGUGAACGCCAAAUAUGGCGGGCACACGGAGGCGGUGCGGCGGCUGCUGGGUCAGCUGCCUAUCAGCGCCCAAUCCUACAGCAGCAGUCCAUACCUCGACCUCUCCCUCUUCAGUUAUGACGACAAGUGGGUGUCCGUAAUGGAGAGGCCCAAGACCUGCGGAGAUCACCCCAUCAGGUUUUAUGCACGGGACUCCGGCCUGCUGAAGUUUAAGAUCCAGGCGGGCCUGCUGGGCCGGCCGGUGAAUCACGCCGUGCGGCGUCUGGUUGCCUUCACCUUUCACCCCUUUGAACCUUUUGCCAUCUCUGUCCAGCGCACCAACGCAGAGUACGUGGUCAACUUCCACAUGAGGCAUGUCUGUGGGUGAGGAGCUUGUGUGUGUGUGCAACACACCAAACUAACACUUGGAAAAAACGUAGUAGCACCGUUGGGUUUCUGUGAGCAGCUACCGGUGACAAUACAACAAACAUGUCGCCCUCUCCUCCUCCAGAGAAAUCAGCAGUCCUCUCCCUCCAUUCUCCUGAUGGAAACCACUAUUCCUCGCCUCUCUCCCCCUCCAUUACACAUUGGUCACCCCCCCCCCCCCUCCUUCCCUCUGCCAGAAGGCAGCAAUUCUGCCUUUUCCGUUUUUUGUCUGCACCGCUUCUCCUCCUCUUUCUCCCUUCCUCAGCAGAACAAAGAGGGACCUGUGGGGAGGAGAGGCUCGACUAAGUGUAAAUGGAGAUGUUGAGAGAGUGGUUGAUGUGCGACGGAGGUGGGAGCCGUAGGUAGCCCGGACCUCUUGGAGGGAACCAAAGGUGUUUUCUUUUCCCUACUGUGCACUGAAAGCAGCACAGUCAUAUAAGAAUUGCUUAUUUAGUUGGUCCAUGACCAGCUCUCCAACAAACCUUUUUUUUUCUCUCACAUGAGUGGGG